AUGGCAUCACUUAUAUCGUCGAUUCAGGAGAAACUGAACCUUGGAGGGACUUCCGCAACCACCACCACGACCGGUCAGAAAGCUCUUCUACUUGGUGCUGGGUUCGUCACCAAGCCUACAGUUGAGAUUCUCGCCAAGUCUGGCGUUGAGGUCACAGUCGCCUGCAGAACACUUCAAUCAGCACAGAAACUUAGCUCUGGCAUUCCCAACACAAAAGCAGUUUCCCUCGAUGUCAACGAUGAUGCCGCUCUUGACGCCGAGAUGGAGAAGGUCGACCUGGCCAUAUCUCUCAUCCCCUACACCUUCCACGCAGCCGUGAUCAAGUCCGCAAUCCGAAAGAAGAAGAACGUAGUCACAACUUCCUACGUCUCUCCCGCCAUGAUGGAGCUCGACUCUGCAGCCAAAGAAGCAGGAAUUACAGUCCUGAACGAGAUCGGUCUCGACCCAGGCCUUGACCACCUCUACGCAGUCAAGACGAUCGAAGAAGUCCACAAGGCAGGCGGAAAGAUCACUUCCUUCAAGAGUUUCUGCGGUGGUCUUCCAGCGCCCGAAGCAAGCGACAAUCCACUCGGCUACAAAUUCUCCUGGUCGAGUAGAGGUGUACUCCUUGCUCUCAGAAACACAGCCACGUUCUACCAAGACGGACAGACAGUGACAUACAGCGGUCCAGAACUAAUGGCAAGCGCAAAGCCAUACUUCAUCUAUCCAGGUUUCGCCUUUGUCGCAUACGGAAACAGAGACAGCACACCCUUCGCCGAGAAAUACAACAUCCCCGAAGCCAAGACGUUAGUACGAGGAACACUGAGAUACCAAGGUUUCCCACAAUUCAUUAAAGUCCUCGUCGACAUCGGUUUCCUCUCCGAAGACAAGCGCGACUUCCUCUCCGACAAACCAAUCCCCUGGGCCGAAGCGACUGCAAAAAUCGUCGGCGCAACCUCUCACAGCGAGCCAGAUCUGCUCUGGGCAAUCAGCUCAGCGACCUCGUUCGCCGACAAUGAAGAGAAAGCCAAGAUUAUCUCUGGUCUGAAGUGGAUCGGUAUCUUCUCAGACAAGCCGAUCACUCCACGAGGCACACCGCUAGACACCUUAUGCGCAACGUUAGAAGAGAAGUGCCAGUACGAGCCUGGUGAGCGUGACAUGGUCAUGCUGCAGCACAAGUUCGGAAUCCAAUGGGCAGACGGCACGAACGAGACACGGACGAGCACAUUGGUAGAUUAUGGUGAUCCAAAGGGCUAUUCGAGCAUGGCUAAAUUGGUCGGUGUGCCAUGUGCUGUUGCCUGUCAGCAGGUGAUGGAUGGCAAGAUUAACAAGAAGGGCAUUUUGGCGCCCGUUACGUGGGAUAUUGCCGAGCCAUUACUUGUCGAGUUGAAGGAGAAAUACGACAUCGAGCUCAUUGAGAAGACUGUGGAUUAG